AUGAAUUCGAAUGAUCGGUCCAUCUGGUACCUGGAGACCAAUAACCUCCUGAGCGACAUCCAGUGUGGUUUCCGAAAAAAAACCAGAAGUACCAUUGACUAUUUGGUAGUAGAGGAGGCCAAAUACCUUGGCCUCAUAUUUGACCGUCAUCUCACAUUCUUACCACACAUCAAAUAUAUCAAGGCAAAGUGCCUGAAGGAUCUCGACUUCAAAUUCCGAAUGAAGCAUUCACUCAUCCUGAAGGACUUUCUCCUCUCGGUUCUCACCAUCUUCACAUUUCACCUGGCACAGAGUGAUACAGCUGUAAUACACUGUCCUGACAUAGCCUACUUGGGUACUUCUGCUCAAAUUACCUGUUCCACGUCUGACAACUUCACUAAUACCAUUUACAAAUGCCCAUGUGGAGUUGCGCCACAGUGUCCGGUGUCAUACUGCACCAAUGUAUCAGGACAGAGUGCAAACAUCGUCAACCAAACACAGACUGAACUCACGAUAAUCAGUGUACAGCCACGACAUUCAGGGAACUGGUCAUGUGCUGAUGGAGGAGAUGUGGGAACAACGUUUUGUCUUCUUGUCGUCGCAAAGAUUCCCUCGGUCAACAUAACCAGUGAUGUGGAUGCUGAUUCAGUGAAUCUGGGGGACAGAAUAUCCCUCACAGUGGACAUUCGAGAUUACCACUGCUCUGACGCUUACAGCCUAACACUACAGAUCGGGAGUGUCACCUACACAUGUGAGACUGGGUGGAACGCAACCGUCGAAAACCUGACCGAAACAGUACCCAUCAAUGUGACACAAAUACACUUCGGGGUCGUGAAGCUUGUGUUUGUCUGUGGUAAUCACCAGUGGAAUAUUACUUCUGGAGGUGUAAACGAGCUCCAGCAGAAUAAAACUAAUGUACAAACCACUAUUGACACCCCAACGCCCCCCGAUGAUUCAAAGCUGUUAAUAGUUGCAGCAGGAGCCUCUCCGGCUGUUGGUGUCAUAAUAAUUAUCACUAUCGUGUGCUGCUGCUACCGCCGUAGAAAACAGGUAAAUCCAACUGAAAAACACGAACCUAACCUUCCCUUUGAUCCUCCCUAUAUAUCUGUUGGAGGGCCAACAGGUACGGCUUAUUCCGAUGUGGAUGUAAGUAUUCAGGACUUCAGGAGAAGUAACACCGCAAAAGGAAGCCCACGAAGUGCUGUCACCCGCUGUAGUAACGGGACAUUGAGAGAUGGUGGAGAUGUCCAUGAAGCCACAGGAAAGGAUGAUGGGUCACAACUUGGAGCUGAGGGGAACAUACAUGCAGGGGUCAUUGUACAACUAAUUGUACCUGAUGUAGAUGAACUCUAUGCCCGUGUUAAUAAAACCAAGAACACAGCAGAACGCAACAAUGACACUGCACUGUGAUCGAAAGUGCAGCAUAUUUAGGGUUUUGCAACAGUUAUGUCAAAAUGCAGUUUUGAAGAUAGAGGAAAACACACAGAGCAUUACCAAGAAAAUGUUGCCAAUAACUGCAAGGGAGGUUAACAUAUGUGCAUUGUCUUCUAGCAUACUGUAACUGCAGCCAAAAUGAGAACGACUGAUAUUCAUUUCACCGAAAUCGUCACAAUGUAACCAUAUUGAUUUCGUUUUAUUUUUGCGGAGGUGACCUAGCGUCAAACGAAAGCCUUUACUCGCAACCCGGAGUCAAACACCCUUUCACACAUGCAACUGUAUAAUUACAUAGUUGAUUCCAGACAUCUGCCACUUAAAUCGUGUACCUGAAUUAAUUCACCAAUGUUUAUUGAUUACUAUUGUCGUUUUUGUAUAAAGGAUGUUGUGUUUGUCAUAUGCCAUUGAUGUUCAAUGUAGGUCUAAGCGGUAAUGGCUUCACUAGAAGCUCGUCGCUUUAUGGCUGAAAUAAUGCCGAUGGGACAUUAAAUUUUAACUCACUCUUUCACUUCACUAGAAGCAAGGAUAUUUUCAAUUCAUUUACAAUGAUGUGCUUAAAAGUAAGUGUGUUCAUGGAGCAGUCAUUUUAAAGGAUAACGAAAAGAUUAAUAACACAUAGAUGUCUUUAAAACUCAACUCAUCUUUAGAAAGUGCUCGUCAAAAUGAUUUCCAAGGCAGCGUCCUGUUAUGUUUUGUUGCUGUUAUCUGAUUUGUGGCUGACAUUCGUUCUAUUUGAAUUCUUAACUUGA